AAGUGGGCACACAGCUAUUAAAUAAUCCUGCCAGCAGGGGGAAACAUUGCUUUACUCUGCCAGAAAGCUGCAAGACAACACAAGAAAGCCCCCCUAAAAAGUUACAGGAGCUGUAAAUGCUUAUAGGAGCAAUCACACUUUUCCAUUCCGUUGAAAUGAUUGAUUUCUAUAGAAGCAGAUGUGCAUUUUUCUUUGCAUCUACCCUUGGCUCCAUCACUUGUUUGCUUAUUUUUCAAAACCUCUCCCAGGUUAACACAGACGUUGACCCCCUGCUCGCUCCUCCUCUCCCAUCUUCAGCUCUACUGAAGCAUUUCUGGAUUCUCUUCACUCAGCGCCACAGGAAUGUGAGCUGUGUGAAGCCUGGUUGUUGGGGGAGGCAGAGAUCUCACAUAGCAAAGCACUCACUAUCUCUAUAAACUGCUGAUAAAAAAAAGCGAGAGCGUCCAGAGCCAGAAACACAGAGGCCUUGUGUCACUGAAAGCAUGUCAACAUUUUGGAUCCAUUGUAAUGGACAGACAUUGUUUCAAAGUGCCAUAGGAAGUCAGGCUGUGUAGGGGUUGCAACAGGAAAGGUGAGAAAAAUGUCAGGAAGACUGUGCGGCUGUGAGUCAUGGGCGUGGACAUAAUGAAAGGUUUAGGAUCUGGGAGUCUUUAGCAACAAAUGCAAAACAGACGCAGCAAAAAAAAAUCUCAUGUGAGUCCCCAAACUAAAAUGAAAGUUAAUUAUCAUGCUCAGGCUUAAGUGUGUGUACAGAGUAAACAGUACAGGGAUGUUUGUGUAUAAGAAAGCCAUUAUGCUUCUGGUUAUCCGUUGGUGACACUAUGUCUGACCUCUCCCUCCCAUGCUUCUCAGUAGCUGUGACAUGCUGUGGUAAAAUUAGUCAGAACAGACAUCUUUUAGUGAAUGUAAAUCCCCAAAUUUCUGCCGAUUAGUGAUACAUUUCUUUGGAAGACACUUGAGCCUUAUUGGCUAACAAAGGAUCCUCUACAUCAGUCAAAUAUGACUUCACACAGCACAUCAAGUACUGCAUUGUACUGUGUUCUUCUAGGUAGUUUGAACAAACCUGUUUGGUAAUUGUUAGGAUUUUGUUUCUUUUCAUACUGUACUGGGUGUACAGACAUGGCAACAGACUGUACCGUCAUGCCAGAGGGCUGAUGCGCAAAUGUUUUGAGAUGCCAAACUGCUAACCAGACGUGAAUGUUUGUGGCGCUGACAUACAUGUCCUAAGGUAAGAAAGUUUCAGGGUGCACCUCAAUGCUGCUACCCAACCCAGCUCGCCACACCCUUUGGAUGAGAGCCACAUGAGCAGCAGAGAGAAGUAUGAACGUCAUGUGAGCGUAAGUAUUAAUGUGACUCAUUGGAGGUGUUUUUUAAACAACUGGUUGAUUAGCAUCUGUUUUGUCAUACAGUAAUUGAUGUGUGACAAUGACAAAUCACUCAAUUCCCCAAAACAGUCGCUUGUUUCCACGCAAAGGUGUCUCACCACACUGUUCAUAUGGGCACUAAUACAUUAAUUGAUUGCAACUAAUGCCAGAGAUAACAUACUGAUUAAGACAGCUCAUGUGCCCAAGCAUGCACAUGAGUAAAAAAACACUAAUAGUAGAUGGAUUUCUGACUCCUCCAUUAUCCUCCAGAGGCGGUUUGGUCACUCAAACUGGACAAACAUGCGACACACCCAGCUCCUGCAGCAUUUUUUCUAAAAAAACCCACCCUGCUGCAUUUUAAAGGAAAUUUGCACAAACAAACCCUAUAAUUUACCUUUUAUGUUGUUGCUGCUGGAACCAUUUUAACAGAAUUCUCUUUCAAUUCAGGUAGAGAGAUUACAGAAAGAAAAAGUUGACAGCUUUAGUCUAAUCCCGCUCCCUCCUUUUUAUUAUGUCUUUGCCAUGCAUCACAUGGCAACGCCGAAACCACUCAUAGGGCUUAAUGCUACCUGUGCUGUCAGAUGCUGACUAAGCCAACGGACUACUGCCCAAAUGCAACCACCCUGAAUGAGUAAAGAAAAAAAAACACAAAGAUUGCCAGCCAAAGGUGUUAUUACUCUCAGACAAAUACAUUGCAAUUCCUUUGAAACCUGAAACGCCCAGUCAGACAAGAUAACGCUGACAUAAUGUUUAUUCUCUCUUACACACACACACACACACACACACACACACACCUUUGACCACUGAGAGUAAAAGUUUCAUGAAACUUGGCAACUCAUUGUGCCAACGUGCAUGUCUUUUUAAUCUGAAUUUCCUUGUAAAGCAAUCACACCUGCAGACACACACACACCCAGUGUGCAGCAAAGUGUUUACUGUAGUGAACCCAGAAACUGAGGUCUACUUCUUGGGGAAUUUCACAGGGAGUGGUGAAGUUUUACACAUGAGUGACGAAAAAAAUGGUCAGUCCAAUAGAUAUUUUAAAAUGACUAUCAGAAUCAUAAAUAAAAUCUAGAUUUAAUCCUACAAAGUGGAGAUGUAAAUGAUUUAUAAUUAUUGUUCCAUCCUUAUAAAGCAUCAUUUUACACAAAGAAACUCAAGAUUUUGUCUGAAUAAAAUAGCUGUCUUUCUGGUUUGGACUAGUCUUGCAAAUCAAUCUGGAAUUCCUCUCAGUUGAGUUUACCUGGAUUUUCUCAGAGACAAUAGCCUCGGCCAAAUAUGAUUAAACACGGAGUGGACAUGGCAACCGCUUUUCUCUCCGCCUGUUAUCAGAAACAGCUUAUCAAGCUUAGGGAGGGACCGCCCAUCGCUGUAAAAACUUCUCCCUACCCUUCCAAGGGGUCAAAGUCUGUACGGAACCAACAAUAGACUUCAGAUAAAGUCAAACGGAGUCGAUUCCACAUCAGCCGGAGGAUUAGAAAAUUUCUUUUUUCCAACUUUUCCAAGCCGAUGGCUCCUCUGCUGAAAUGCAGCCUUUUCAUUCUGCUGACGUCUCUCCCAAAUCUUGUUCCUGUCGGGGCAGAAUGGAUCAUAGCUCCCAGACAGCUGAAGGAGAACCAUGAUUACACCGGCCUGGCAUUCAUUGCUAGAAUUCGCUCUGAUAAGGAGAACCAUACAAGGAUAACAUACUCUCUGUCGGGGCCUGGUGUUGACCAACCACCUGUUGGUCAAUUUGGUGUCGACCCUCACACCGGCUAUGUGAAAAUCUUUACUACGCUGGACCGAGAGAAGAUCCCCUUCUACACUUUGACAGGAAUAGCAAAAUACCAUGACGGAACCAGGGCUGAAAAGGAUAUUGACCUUAAAAUCACUGUCCUGGAUGAGAAUGACAACCCACCGGUCAUUGUAGCGCAGCAAGUCGGAUAUGUGGAAGAAAGCAGUGCAACAGGUACUGUUGUCAUGAAAGUGAUAGCUACUGAUGCUGAUCAAGAGAACACAAUCAACUCAAAGAUCUUUUACCGCAUUAAGGAGGAGAGUAACAGAGCCGGCAUAUUCUUCAUAAACUGCCACACUGGAGAGAUCAUUGUUCAGAAGAGUGCUCUUGAUAGGGAGAUGCAAGACUCAUAUAAGUUGGUUAUUGAAGCAUCUGACUUCAAUGGGCUACCUGGAGGAAACUCAGGAAGUGGAGAAAUUGAGAUUCAAAUUAAAGACAUAAAUGACAAUAUUCCGACCCUGGAAAAAGAAUCGUAUGAGGGGAGCAUAGAGGAGAACACUAUCAAUGUGGAAGUAAUGAGGAUAAAAGCCAUCGACUUGGAUCUGAUUCACACUGACAACUGGCUGGCUGCAUAUAAAAUCAUUUCCGGGAAUGAGGGAGGCUAUUUCAGUAUCACAACUGAUGCUAAGACCAAUGAGGGAAUUAUCAUGAUUAACAAGGCCCUGGACUAUGAGGAACUGAAAGUGCUCAACUUGCAAAUAGCAGUUGCCAACAAAGCAGAAUACAACUUUGGCACUGGGGGUAUUGCACGGCCCAUACCGGAUAAAUCCUACCCCAUCAAAAUCAAUGUAGUCAAUCAGAAGGAAGGCCCCCGUUUCCAACCAACCACCAAAGUAGUGACUAUUUCUGAGGACCGCACAGCCAUCUCCCUCUACAAAGUCAUCGCUAAUUACGCUGCUAUUGACAGCGACACACUAAAGAUUGCCACCAACGUGAGGUAUGCAAAAAUCCGUGACGACGACAACUGGUUGAUUAUUGAUGAAAAGACAGGAGAUAUCAAGCUGAAUAAAUUCCCUGACCGAGAGUCCAAGUUCUUGAUAAAUGGAACAUAUUAUUCCAAAAUUGUAUGCAUCACCAAUGAGUCUCCCUCAAAAACAGCUACAGGGACCAUAGCCAUUCAGGUGGAGGACUUUAAUGACGACUGUCCAAAACUGAUCUCUACAACUCCGACUAUGUGCCUCGAGGACAAAGUCAUCUAUGCCACUGCUGUCGAUGAAGAUGAGUUCCCCAAUUCAGUACCGUUUGACUUCACUGUGAUUCAAGACAAGAGCGAAGGGAAGUGGACAGUGGAGCAUCUUAAUGAAACUACAGCCAUUCUGAGGGACCAUGCCAACUUGUGGCCAGGCAUCUACAAAGUGGCAGUGGAGAUCAAGGACCAGCAAGGAGUGUCCUGUGAUACUGUUCAGAUGAUUGAUGUAACGGUGUGUACUUGCCAAGAAAACACUAGAGCUUGUGUGUCGCGAAGGAAAACAACUGCUCGUUUUGGAGCUGCAGGUAUCCUGCUGCUGCUGCUGGGACUGCUGUUGCUGCUGUUGCUGCCUCUUCUGCUGCUGUUCUGUCUCUGUGGAGGUCCAGCAGCUCUCGGGGAUUUCAAGGCUAUUCCUUUUGAAACGAAGCAACACCUGAUCUCGUAUCACACUGAAGGACAGGGGGAAGACAAGGAUAUCCCUCUUAUACAUGUGCCAGUAGAGGUUGAUGGUGGCAAAGUGAAUGCCAGAGACAUCAACAGCUAUGGGGGGAAGGGGCAGCUAGGAGGAGGGACUGAAUUAGGAGGUGCAGCAGGUGGAGGAGCAACCAUAGGCCACGUUGUAAACAGGUCCACUCUGAAUGCAGAGAAUAUGCACAUGUACAGCCGAUAUAGGCACUACAGUGGGCAUGAGGAGAUGGACCACAUGGGUGCAGGGAUGAUGACAGGACAGGACUUCAGUCUCUCCCAUUACAGCGGUGCAGUCUUCAAUGGGAUGGCUCUGUCUGAUCAAUUCCUAGAGGAGUACUAUUCAAGUAAAUCAAACCAUGCUGCUCAGCAUUCGCAUCAGAUGGAUGGUCUCCUGGUCUAUGACUAUGAGGGUCAAGGGUCCCCGGCAGGUUCUGUAGGCUGCUGCAGCCUUCUUGAAAAUGAUAAUGAUCUGUCUUUCCUUAACGACCUGGGGCCUAAGUUUAAAACCCUGGCUGAGAUUUGUCAGGGAUCAACCGUGGUGACCGAGUCAGUGGAUACAAGAGUUUCUUUCCCCCCAGUCAGACCAGUGUCUCCUGUCAGGCCCUCCACCUCGACCCACACACAUGUCCACACUCACAGUGAAACCAUCAGGGACAGGGACCACGUCAACACCGUCAAUACCUCCAAUUUAGCAUCUGGAUCCUCCACCUUCAUCCAUGAGGAGAGAAUCACUGAGAGAGCCCAGGGCGCAGCAAGUGUUCCCACGGUACACGUCCAGGACAACGUAGUGAUUCCCAGUCAGACGCUGCUCGUACAGCAGCCUGCUAUGUACUAUGCUGCUACGCCCAUGUAUGUGGUUGAGUCCAAGCCCCAAGUGAUGCUUGUGGCAGGGGGCACCCAGCAGGCAGUGGCUUCAGUAGGCCAAGUUGGGAUGAGUCAUGGGCUGAUGCAAGUUGGGGGUCUCCAAGGUUCUCAGGGAGUCGUACUUGUUGAUAGGCAGGUAGGGGUAGGUGGAGCAACAAGUCAGGCUGCACAAGGGACCCCAAAGGGAACCCUCUCCAGGUCCAGACAAGUGUUGGUGGUGGAGAAUAAAUCCUCCACAGGAGGAGAGCAUGAUGCAGACUUAGCACAGGGCUUUAUUCAGACUGGACAGAGCUCUGCAGAGCAGGGCUUUGAGGUCAGAAGUCACGGCUUGCAGGUGAAAACGCAGAGUUUUUCACAGAGUUCACACAGCUCUGCAGGGUCACAUGAGGAUCUUCUUUUGACAGCCACACCCAAGUUGCAAGGAAGCCAGAGGGUGGUUGUGCAACAUAAAAAGGUCUCAGUGACAGAGAGAAAUGUUGUCUAGUACAAGAGCAUAAAACAGCCCUUUUGUUUUGGCUAUCCACAGAUGCAACACUUGUUUUUCCAUAUACUGACAUAUAUUUCUGUAGACUGAAAUGUACUGCAGUAUAUAAAUAUAAAUCUAUUCAUACAGACAGAUAGAUUUUUAAAUUGUGGUAACACUAAUAGAGUUUAGUCUGUUUGACCUAAAGUGCAAUACUCCAUGCCCUUAUCUGCUGCUCUUAGUAGUUAAUACGUGGUUUUGACUACAAGAGUAGCAUAGCCAUUAUAUGGAUUUCAAUUCAAAUUCAGUGUAGAAAAUGAUUGACAUUAAUACCAAAAAGUACAUUCAUUUCCUGUAUGCUUCAUGUUAAAAGGAGGCUCUGUCAGCAUUAGUCAAAAGAUUAUACAACUAAGGGUUAGCAUUAAGAAUAUCAAUGGGAUAGACAUUUUUAAAAGACAUUAUGUGAUUUCUGUCAUUGCACCCCAGCUGAGGGAAAGUCAAAACAAGAAAAACUAAAAUUCGUUGCAGUUCUUUUCCCAGGAAUAGACAGUAUGGUUCCAUUCAGAGUUAUAAAAGUGUUGUGUCUCUUUCAGGUGCUAAAGUAGUAUGGCUUCAGGGAGAGUAACCAGAUAAGAUAAACAAAGCAGAGCUAAAACAGUCAAACCUGAUGUGUGUGCUUAUCUGUCACAUACAAAAUACUAAUGUCUGACUUCACCUCCUGACUACAGAGAAGCUGGAAGACGCACAGAACAAACAAAAAGGCUGCACCUUCUCCUAGAGCAGCAAUAAAUAUCAGAUGCAUGCAUUCCCUGCCUGUCCCAGUUCACAGCCUGCCAAAAGACAGGAGACGCUGCUCUGGUUGCAACUAGCCGUUUAGCCCUCAAGGAUGUAUCUGGGAGCCAAUCACUGGGUACAGAUAAGCUGUACAAUCAAACAUACCAUCUAAUUAAAGUCCCAUAAAAGAAAUUCACUAGAAGUAUCCCCACGCCAAAAAAGAAAAUGAGUUGGAGUACGUAUUGUUUUGUAACAUGAAACAACUAGUGGGAGCAUGUCUUUAAACCAGCGACGGAGCUUAUGUACUUUCUCAAGAUAAAUAUAGCGAAUGUAGACAGGGAAAGUGAAACAUGGAGCCGUAUACAUGGCUUAGAUGGCUUUGUAUGAGCUGCCGGGUUCUCAAAGAUCACUAUGUGGCAGUUAAAUAUCUACGUUAAUGAUCUCAGUCAAUGCCAGAAAUUACCAUGUGACUAUGUAGGAAUGCUUUCUGUAUAUCAAUAACUAUAAUUAUCAGUAAUGAGAAGCACACAAUUAUUUUGACAGUGAUGAAGGCAAAGGUAGAAGCUACCUGACGCUAUUAUAUUGCAAUGUUCCAUAUAGGCUUCCAACACUAGAUUUAGUACUGUAGUAUUUUGCUUGGUUUGCAUUUUGUAAAAAUUUAAGCUUUAGCCAUGCGCAAAGUUUUUAAGGCAAUCGACAUUAUUUUUUACUAUAACUAAUCAGGAAGUGCUUGUGAGCGAUGCAGAAUGUAAAUAAAUGCUGUUUACUUUAGAAGAACCAAAGUCAAAGUGUUCCAAUGCACCCAGAAGCGAUUACAUAUUUCUUUUUAUCAGUAGAAAAAUUGUUUAAAAAUAAGCAAAACACCAAUUAUCCAUGGUUGCACUCAUUUAUUUUUUACUUCUACAGAAUAUUUGUGUAUUUCUAAAUGAUACUAUAAACAAAGUAUUAAUUCCAAAAAGAUUGAAGUGCCAAAGCUGUAUAAAUUGUGUACAAUAACAUGAUGGUUCUGUUUUUUUACAAGUGUAUUUUAUUCCAUAAUUACCAGAUAGUUCAUUUUUAUUGGUGUUUGUUUGUAUGUACAUAUGUGCGUGUGUGUGUGUAUGCGUGUGUUUGUGUGAAGGUAGUGUAAUUUGGGAGUGUGGAUGAGCAGAAUAACCAACUAUGAGUUUUCCAAGCACUGAAACAUUUGGUGGAGUGACACUGUUAGAUACUGCUGUUUUUGCUGUUGAUUAAAAAUAAUGUUUUUCAUAUGUAGUUUCUAAUAUGCUGUAAGAUUUUAGCAGCGCAGUACUAAAGAAGCAUGAAAAUGAAUUGUUUUCAAAGUUUUGCACCUGCUCUGAAAAUAAAAUCAAGCAAAGUGUC